AUGGCUGCUGCUGCGGCUGCCGGUGUGUCGGAACCGCCAAUGGUGGAGCAAGUGAUCACUGAAUUCUUCGCCAAGAGCCUCCACAUCAUCCUGGAGUCGCGCUCACCGUACGAUUCGUCGCGGAACUUCACACGGCCCUCCCCGCCGUCGUCGCCGCUGGCUGGCAGCCAGCCACGUGACCGGUGGUUCAACCUUGCUCUCCGGGACUGCCCUGCCGCGCUUGAGAAUUUUGACCUGUGGAGACAGAGCAACCUUGAGCCUCUGGUCAUUGACAUUGUCCUCCUGCAACGUGACAAUACCAGAACCGCCAGUGUCGGGGCCAGCAGGAUCAUUGAGAGGUGGGUAAUAAAGUAUGAAACUACCAGGUCUGGCAAUGUUAUCAAGAAUGGUGGCAAGAAAGCUAGAAGCAGCUCUUCUCAGGAUCAUAGCUUGUACAGGAGGGCAUACAGUGGCUCGACAGUGUUAUUCCGGUCACUAUAUCUGGUUGUCAGGCUCUUGCCAGCAUACCAUCUCUUCCAGGGGCUCAAUUCAUCUGGAAGGAUCUGUCCGUUGAGCCUCUCGCACAAGAUUUCAUCAUUUGUUGAACCAUUCACCCGCGCAGAGGAUGCAGAGAUGAAACACUAUGCAUUUGCUCCGAUUGAAACUCUGUUUGGUUCCUUAAGCUUGUCUGUUUCAUAUGUGCCAGUGCUGGAGUUGGCUGCAGUACCAGAGCAAUCCACACCGAUGCCACCUGAGCUUAUAAAGGAUUAUGUUGGAAGCCCCACAACAGAUUUUCUUAGGAAGCUCGAUUCCCUACCUUCAGAUGGCAUUGCACCUGCAUGUUUUCCAGUGACCAGGCGGCACAGUUGUAGCACCGAGCAUGGAGUUAGACCAUCGGCAUCGCCAUUUCCUAUGAGUUCAGAACCCCAUGGACGCCUACAGCCACGCAUGCCUACCGAUAAUUCUCUGACAGCAUACUCAAAUCCACAUAACACAUCAUCAUCUGGGAAGAAGAGAAAUACAGUAAAUGAAGAGUGUUAUCCAUCACCACCUCUGUCGCCAAAUCACCCAUCCCAUUCGCCUUCUAGCUACCCAAGAAAUCCUUUCUUCCGAUAUGAGAGUGCUCCUUUAAGUAUUCCCACAGUGAUGGCUGGUGGAGGUGGUAGCAGGCUGCCUCCUUCUCCACGUAGGAAGGAUAAGCAACAAUGCUCAUCUCAAAAUGAGAAUCUGACACAUUCUCCCAAUGAUAAAUCAAUACUAUCAAAGGAUUUGGUCAAGCUUAGUGAGUUUCAGAAUGAGAAGUCUUUGCAAAAGGUUUUAUCUUUUGGUAAUGAUGAUUUGAUGUAUUUUCGUGGACUAAAGUUGACUCGUACCUCCAGUAAACUUUUCAUCAUGGAUGAACUGGAUGAACGGGAGUUAGUUUUUGCAUGGGAAGAUAAAGACACCAUCAUUGAUCAGCUUAGAAGGAUUGACAUAUCUGACAGGGAGGACCAAGGACCGUCUCAGGAAGUAGGAGGCUCAUUAACCAGGUCUCCAGAUGCAGCAAUUGGUAUUCUUAUGCGCAUCCUACAGAAUGCCCCUGGCCUCAGGGAAAGGCUACUACUGCCAGGCCCUAGUUCUCCAGUUCCUCAAGAACCUUCUUCACUCCAGAGGGUAGUGACCGAGGAACAUGGCAGCAGGGCAUCAAGCUCUGCAGGGGUGCCUUCCGCUCUUCUGAGGUCAAGGACAGCGGCGGACGCGCUGGAGGAGCUGAACAAGUACAAGGAGAUUAAAGAAUCGAUACUGAACCGCAGCAAAGGGCAUCCCUGCAGCACCAAGCUGCUGGAGGAGAAACCCGCGGAUGGAGAUCCAUAG